GCUUUCACCUUAGAAUGAUUGCAUUGGUUUAAACGCGCCUUGCGCAAUAUUUUGACAUCCGGUUUUCUUCCGAGAAAAACAGCGAAUGAUUACGAAGCGUUAUUAAUUCCUUCUCUGCUUCGCAACUGAACAGCAGCAACAGAAAAGAAGUCCCAUAAAAAAAAAUGGCUCCUGAAUUAACAAAGCCAGCUCCAUAUUUUGAAGGCACAGCUGUUGUUAACGGUGCCUUCAAAACCAUCAAACUGACUGAUUAUGCAGGGAAAUAUGUUGUGCUUUUUUUUUAUCCAUUAGACUUUACUUUUGUAUGCCCAACGGAAAUAAUCGCAUUCAGUGACAGAGUCGAAGAAUUCAAGAGGAUAAAUUGUGAAGUCAUUGCCUGUUCAACUGACAGUCAUUUCAGUCAUUUAGCAUGGAUCAAUACUUCAAGAAAAGACGGUGGCAUUGGUAAAAUGAAUAUACCAGUACUGGCAGAUAAAAGUGGAAAAAUCUCUAGAGACUACGGAGUUUAUGAGGAAAAACAAGGAAUUGCUUUCAGAGGUCUUUUUAUAAUUGAUGAGAAAGGUCGACUGAGACAAAUAACAAUCAAUGACUUGCCUGUUGGACGUUCUGUUGAUGAAACUUUGCGUCUUGUUCAAGCUCUACAAUUUACAGAUAAAAAUGGGGAAGUUUGCCCCGCUGGUUGGAAGCCUGGUGACAAAACAAUGAAACCUGAUGUACAAGGCAGCAAAGAAUAUUUUAAAAAUACUUAAUACUUUUUCUGAAUCGCAAAUUAAAUGUAUUUUCUGAUACAUUAGAAAGAAUAUACCUUUUAUUCCUGAAUAAAUUUAUAAUUACAUCUGA